AUGACGAGACAAAGUUUGCCUCAGUGUUCCAGUGUGCUUGGGGUACGGUCGGCACUGAUCUUUCUCCUAUUUGCAAGCUUCUCUGAGAAUACCCCAACAUCAGCUUUUACAACGGCCAGAUCAAGAAUACGGCGCAGACAAUCACUAGUAGCAGCACCAACGUUAGCUCUUCAAAGAAGAUCACACAGUCUCAAUUUUCCAACACCACGGAAACGACAACCAUGGGUAGUUCUAAGAGAGUCCAAAGACGUUUCAGAGGGUCUAUCAUCAGAAAAUCAUCCACCUCAAGAAGACGAACAAGUUCCGGGUAUCUGGCCGUGUUUUGAUGAGUUAGAUUCCAAAUUGAUCAAGAUUGCUGUCCCUGUGAUUGCCAACUUUGCCAUCAAUCCACUCAUCGGAGCUGUGGAUCUCUUUUGGAUUAACCGCAUGGGCAAUGCACUGGCAGUUGCAGGACAGGCAGCUGCCAAUCAAGUUUUCAACUCUGCGUUUUGGUUGGCUUCCUUCUUACCGAGUGUCACUGCGACCUUUGUAUCAAAGGAAAACGCUAAUGGAAACCAGGAAGGUGUCCAGGAUGCAAUUUGCCAGGCCCUCUUUGUGGGUAUGCUUUUUGCCUUUCUUGGUGGCGUUGCUCUCCUCUUGCAGCCAGACCAGGUCCUGAGCUCUGUUCUUAAACCCGGGGCUCCCGCAAUGGACUACGCAAGGCCAUACUUGAUCAUCAGAGCCUUCGCCUUCUUACCGUCCUUAAUCUCCGUUGUGGGCUUUUCCGCAUUUCGUGGUAUCUUGGAGACUGGCACGCCUGUCAAGAUCAGUGCAUUUGCAAACAUAUUCAAUGCCAUCCUAGACCCGAUACUGAUAUUUUCUUUAGCUAUGGGGGUCAAAGGCGCAGCCUUGGCUACGUUGGCAGCUGAAGUAAUAUCCGCGGUUAUCUAUAUCGUUCUAUUGAGAAAAAAGGGCAUGAUCAAGCUACGGAAAAUUUUCCGCUUUCCGUCCUGGUCGAAGCUAGAGCCACUGCUUCGGGGUGGGUUUGCGCUCCAGCUACGCAAUGUGGCCCUCAACAUAACUUUCCUGGCAGUGACCAGAGUCACACAAUCCAUUGACAAAACAGGAGUUGGAGCCGCAGCCCAUGCCAUGGCCAUCCAGGUCUUUCAAGUUGGUGGCAUUGUCCUGUUGGCGCUUAGUACGGUUGCCCAGACCGUGGUGCCUAAUGACAUGGUGCAGCGAUUUGAUGAAACACGACAACGCAUGGUGGGUGGACCCCGCGAGGCACGUGGCAGCGUCAAUCGGCUCAUGAGCUGGGGUUUUAUCCUUGGGAUAUUGCUGGGGUCCCUCCAAAUUCUGUUGCUUCCACUAUUGCAGAAAGUGACGCCUUUGCAAGAAGUCCGUGAAGCUGCUCGAGUUCCCUCCUAUUUGGCAAGUCUGUAUCAGAUUAUCAAUGGCUUGGUCUUUAUCGGUGAGGGCGUGAUGGUAGGCACUGGUAGCUUCAUGCAACUGUCCCUGGGUACAAUUGUCGCCACUACUGGGUGCCUGUGGGCAUUGAAGACCUUUCCUCCAAUCUUUGGGCUGACAGGAGUUUGGAUGGGAUUUGGGGUGUUCAAUGUGCUUCGACUAAUAGGUGUCGCAAUCCACCAGUUCUACAAUGGCCCUUUGAGCCUGCGAGUUCUCAAACAAAAAGAGGCAUUGGAACAGCCAGCCACUAGCUAG